AUGCCUAUAAUACAGUCGUGCUGUUGCUGGCGAAGCCUCCGCCGAGGAUGCUACGCUUCAGCGAUUUACACAAUGGUUUAUUUCUCCGUAACAAUAGUGACAAUGGGUCACUUCAUUGACGUGGAACAACGUUAUCUCAACGGUGACAUGAAGGAACCAGAGUCUGAAAGCUUCUUGGAGCCCGAUAAAAUAACGCCAAUAACGGUAUCGUUAAACAUCACUUUGCUGGCCUGCAGUACACUUGGCCUCGUCGCUUGCAUUCUUCUUAUAUUUGGCGUUUACAAGGAUAUAAAAUUCAUGCUUCUGCCAUGGGUCUUCGUAAUGGGAUUGGAGACGCUCGUCGAAGUCAUCAACCUCAUCUACUUGUUCUACUUACAAACAAUGGACUUCAAUCCAAUAACGUCGUUUUUAUUCACUCUCGACUUUUUCAUCAUCGUAUUGAACAUCUACGCCAUGGUGUGCGUGAUAUCGCAGUUUCAAGAGUACCUCGAUGGACGGGGCACAGCCGCCUUCGACUAUUCAGAUAGGCUAGCAGUAGUGCAGUACACUGCUACUGCUCAGCACACCACUACCACAAGUUCUGCUCCAAGCGGACGUCGCCGAUCAGCUCCAAGACCGCUGCCCAGUCGAUGUGACCCUGAAGAGUUUUCAGAAGCCCCUACUCGAAAUGCAUCCGUGCUCUCAAAGCCGAGUCGCUCAGCUGUGAAGAAGCACGUCCAAUUCCCUGAUGAGCAGAGCUGCAUCGAGGAAGCUAAUGAAGCUCCAAACGGUAAUGAAAAACCAGAAUACAGCCUUGCUGUUGACAAGCUGUGGAUUUCCAUCGACGUUUGGAAGAUAAUACAGCAACUUCAAGCAAAAUACAAGCUUUCUAUAAGACAACAGUCUUUCUUCGAGGAUCAUACAGUUUUUUGGUCCUUCGAGAAUACAGCCUUACUGCUGACAAGCUGCGCAGUCAUUCUGAACCUGCAAGCUACAAGACAACAGUCUUACUUCGAGGAUACAUACAGUCGUUGA